CAGUCCGGAGCGUCAGCUGGAGCCAGAACACAUUAAUAAGCUUCCUAAGUCCUGGCUAUCACCGAAGCGCACCACUCAGACACGACGAGUCUGCACAACACAGAGCUCCUUAUAUGGCAAGGCGCUGACGUAAUGCUCCCUAGGCUUGGGGCAUGCGAGGCGCCUAUCUCUCAUUGUUUAGUGCAACUGCGGGAAUGCGCGCUGCGCUGAUGCUACCGCGGGGAGCCUCGCGCCCGGCGGCAGCGGCCGAACCCGGAGCUCGGUAGUGCGGCGACACCAGAUUGAAAAAGCUUCUUGAACAAGAAACAGUGUACCAGGCAAAAAAAGAGAAGGAAAGCAACAAGAAAAUAGCUAAACUGAAAGAAGAACUGACUAAACUGAAAUCCUUUGCUUUAAUGGUGGUGGAUGAACAGCAAAGACUCACUGAGCAGCUGAAUCAACAGAGUCAAAAAAUUCAAGAAUUAACCACUUCUGCAGAACAAGCACAUGAGAAACUCGCUUCUGCUGAAGCAAAAGCUCAAGAAAAGGAGCAGAGAGCCAGCAGGCUGGAGGCCGAACUGCAAGCCCAAAGCAAUAAGAUUUCCCAAGAUCAAGAAGCAAUGAUGGCCAAACUAACCAAUGAAGACAGUCAGAAUCGUCAGCUCCGGUUAAAAUUAACGGCACUCAGCCGACAAAUUGAUGAGUUGGAGGAGACCAAUAAGUCUUUACGAAAAGCAGAAGAAGAACUGCAAGAACUAAGGGAUAAGAUAAAUAAGGGAGAGUGUGGAAAUUCCACACUUAUGUCUGAAGUAGAAGAAUUACGGAAACGACUGCUGGAAAUGGAAGGAAAAGACGAAGAGCUCAUAAAAGUGGAAGAUCAGUGCAGAGAGCUUAAUAAAAAAUUAGAAAAAGAAGCAUCACAGAGCAAGAAUCUUAAAGGGGAAGUUGACAAACUCAACAAAAGAAUUAUGGAGCUGGAAAAAUUAGAAGAUGCUUUUAACAAGAGCAAACAAGAAUGUUACUCCCUGAAAUGCAACCUCGAAAGAGAAAAAAUGUUAACAAAGCAGUUGUCCCAUGAGCUGGAUGGCUUAAAAGCUAGAGUUGGAGAGCUUGAAGCAAUUGAAAGUAAGUUAGAAAAAACUGAGUUUACACUUAAAGAAGAUUUAACAAAGCUGAAAACUCUAACAGUGAUGCUUGUGGAUGAAAGAAAAACUAUGGGUGAAAAAAUAAAGCAAACAGAAGAAAAGCUGCAAGCUGCAACUUCUCAACUUCAGGUAGAACAAAAUAAAGUGAUGUCCGUUACAGAAAAACUAAUUGAGGAAAGUAAGAAGGCACUGAAAUCAAAAUCUGAUGCAGAGGAAAAAGUGUCCAGUGUUACAAAGGAAAGAGAUGAACUGAAAAACAAACUCAAAGCAGAAGAGGAGAAAGGAAGUGAUCUUGUUUCCAAAAUGAAUAUUCUAAAAAAAAGGCUUCAGUCACUGGAAGCUGUUGAAAAAGAGUUUCUUAAAAAUAAGCUUAAGGAAACUACUAAAUCUAGCACCUCCCUGCAGCAUGAGAACAACAAAAUCAAAGAGCUUUCCCAAGAGGUUGAGAGGCUUAAACAGAAGUUGAAAGAAAUGAAGGCCAUAGAGGAUGAUCUCAUGAAAACUGAAGAUGAAUUUGAGUCUCUAGAACGAAGAUAUGUCAAUGAACGGGACAGAGCCAAGCUUCUAUCAGAGGAACUAGAGGUUGUGAAAAUGGAAUUGGCUAGGUAUAAAUUAACAGAAAAGGCAGAGUCCAAGCAAGAGCAGCGGCUUUUUAAGAAACUUAAAGAAGAAGAAGCUAAAUCAAGUCACCUUUCCAGAGAAGUAGAUACACUGAAAGAGAAAAUUCAUGAAUACAUGGCAACAGAAGACCUAAUCUGUCACGUCCGAGGUGAUCAUACAGUUCUACAGAGGAAACUCAUCCAGCAAGAAAACAAGAACAGGGAGUUAGCAAGAGAAAUGGAAAGCCUCACAAAGGAAUUAGAGAGGUACAGACGCUUCAGUAAGAGCCUCAGACCCAAUCUUAAUGGAAGGAGAAUUUCUGACUUGCAGGUAUUUUCUAAAGAAGUCCAGACAGAUCCAGCAGACAACGAGCCACCCGACUACAAAACUCUGAUGCCUUUAGAACGAGCAGUCAUAAAUGGGCAGCUGUACGAAGACAGUGAUAAUGAGGACAAAGACAACAAUGAAGAGGAACAAACAAUGUCUUUCAAAAGUAGCUCAUCUGUUGCAAAUGCUGUGAACAAAAAAUUAUGGAUCCCAUGGAUGAAGUCCAGAGAAAACCAUCCUCCAAAUGGAAAGAUUCAUACAAAGCAAAAUGGAAAUUGUGCACAGACUGGAGACCUAGUGCUAAGCCAUACACCUGGCCAACCUCUUCACAUAAAGGUAACUCCAGACCAUGGACAGAACACAGCAACACUUGAAAUAACGAGUCCUACAGCUGAAAGCCCUCACUCCUACACAAGUACAGCAGUUAUACCCAACUGUGGCACUCCUAAGCAAAGAAUAACCAUUAUUCAAAAUGCCUCGUUAACACCUGUAAAAUCAAAAGCAGCAGAAGGUUACAUGAGCCCAGAGCAAGCCAUUUCUCCUAUUAGUAUGGCUGCUUUUGCAAGAUCUCAAACUCCUGAAUCAUGUGGUUCUCUAACUCCUGAAAGAACAAUGUCCCCCUUGGCUCUACCAGGCUCAAGUUCUCAGGAACAAAUACUCUCCUCAGAGCCUUUGGAAAUCGGAGCCAAGCACGCUGUUUUUAGAGUAUCCCCGGACAGGCAGUCAUCAUGGCAGUUUCAGAGAUCUAACAGUACGGGAUCCAGUGUAAUAACUACUGAGGAUAAUAAAAUCCACAUCCAUUUAGGAAGUCCUUAUGUCCAAGCUCUUGCUAAUUCCAAGCCCAUCAGCCCUUGUACUCCAGUGCAAGAUAAUAGAACUCCAGCACUAACUAAUGGAAUACCCAGUAAGCCCACCAAUAAAAUCACCAGCAGCAUUACUAUCACACCAACAGCCACUCCUCUCCCACGGCAAUCACAAAUUACAAUUACUGACGCCUUCCGUCCUUCAAUUGCAACUCGGAUCCCCAAACCAAAGCCCAUGAGCACAACUAAACUACCUGUGAAAAUUCCUGCUGGACAUCUCAACAAGUCACUCCAAGAUGCCAGUUCUGGAAAGCUACAUAUUAUAAGGACUGUAUCUAAAACCUGCCUUCAAAGUGGAGGAAGAAGAGUGCAUUCCAACAGUCUAAAUGGCUCAACUGAUAAUUUGCGGGAAAGCUCCUUUCGCAUAGGUUUUUCUUUAAAACUACCAAAUUCUAAUUCCUAAAUAAAGCAAAAGCUGCUGGUGAUCACAGCACCAGAGACAGAAUUGGGACUGUUCUGCUGAAGCAAAGAGAAAUUUUGAUGCAUUCAGUUAUCCAUUUUUUUUCCUUUUUAUUCCACAGCUAAAAGUUUAAGUUAACCACAGAGGCAGCACAACACAUUAGCACUCCUGUAUGACUAUUUUUGCAAACCCACAACAGAAACCUAUGCCUCCCUCAACAGCUACGCAAGAAAUUCUCUGCGAGUACUUAAAACAAGGAAGGUUUAGAAAGAUCAGUCUACUGAAAAAUUAUUUCAGCAUCUGCCCUACAAGACAUAUUUGUGACAAACUGUAGAAAUUAAAGAAUGACUCUGCUGUAUUAAAAAGAAAAGUCUUCAAAUGUUAUUCACUAAAUAUCCAGGUAACUAUAAGUCCUGAAGCUACAUACAUGUGAUAUAUGCUCAGACCUAAAUAAAAUCCAGAGAAGCACCCGUGAUAUGUUCAGCAGCUCACAGAAUAGACGUAUGUAACUGUGAAGAAAUAAAAGACAAAUUACAAAAAAACAGCUGUCAAUGUGAUAUGAUUGUUUAUCAGAGAGAUCUGAAAAGAAGCUUGAGUACAAGUCACUGCUUUCAUCAGAAGUGACAGUAACUUGUGGGAUGAGCCAAAAAAGACAAACCUUUCCAUAGACAGAUCAGCAAACAGAUCCCAGCUCCAAUCAAGCCACAGAAUUCUCACCGAAUGUGCUGCAAUGAACAGUCUGCUUCCUACUAGCUGCACAUCACACAUACAAAUUGAUGCUAUUUGGCAUCCUUUUUUCCCAGUCUACGAGAAGAGAGAAAACUGCUGGCAAAAGAAAUUACUUCUCGCAAUAGCAUCCUUCGCUUUAGAGCAUGCAAAGGACUCCACCAGUUUUGUCAAAUCAUCAUCCAAGAUACCAUAUCAUACUUCGCGCCCAUUUGUACUGCUGCCAUGGAAGAGUUUCCCUGUCUUUUCCUCCUGUCUUGGGAUGCUACAAAUCAUUUCCACCUACCAGGGCCGCGGCCCACAUAGGCUCAUACGGAAGUAAACUGACAAAGGAGAACAUUGCUGACUUACGGGAUUAAGGGAGACAAAGAAAGCAUGGAGAAUGAAAGACAAGGAGUGGUCACAGAAAAUAAGGAAAAAUGGAACAAUGUCUGCAAAGCAGAAACUCAUCUUUCUCCCUCAAACUGCUUGGGAGAUGGGGUGGACACAUUGGUUAUAGGCAAGAUACGGACAUUUACAGUGUUGUGAGAAGUGCUUUUUCUGUUCUUGAAGGGAAGAGGAAAGAACUGGUAUCUUUCACCGGUACUAAGUGAAUUCCUUAGCAUUCUUUAUCCUCUCCCUUCUAGUUCUGAGGGCAAUAUAAAAAAUGAUUUUCAAGACCAUACACAGUUGUAAUAUGAACUGCUAAAAGGGAGAGAAAGAAAGUGCAGUCUCGCAGUUACAUGAUGUGGAACAUCUGUAACACUAAACACCAAUAAGGAGGCAGUAAUUCCUAACCACUCUCUCCACAAAUCUCUUUUAAAAGCUAAAGGUUUGCUGAAGAAGUUAUUGAGCAACGUUCUUUAGUUUGUGUCAGUGACAAGGUAAUUAGAUGGAUAAUCCCUUCAGUUUUUAAAAAAAUUUCUAUGAAUCACUUACAGGAGGGUAAACAUUUAUGUCUCAAAAGUACCUUAUCUUUAAUAUAGAUUCUUAAAAUAAUGAUUUCUAAUGAUGCAGCCAAAAGAAGAUGAAGAAUUACUUACAUACCCAUUUACUGGGAUAUAUAUGUUGUGCUUCCAUUUCCUUUAAGUUAGUAUGAACAUCUUUCACACACCUUUCAUCUUAAAUGUAGCUUCUUCUAUCUAAAAGUUGCACUCCUGAGGGCUGAGUCACUGGGAUGAAUAUUCUAUUGGUCAGUUUUUAUUCUAGCGCUAGUCUUAAAGGACUUGGCAAAAGGUCGUAUUUUAAAAAUACAUUUCAAAUUCUUCUGCUUUGCACCUGCAGUUUUGACAGAGAUACUUUUUAAAACAUGUCAAGAAAUAAAGUUGGAUAAUAAAAUAUUUUUUAAGUGACCUUGAUUAAAUGUUUCACAACAAUAAACAUGCUCAAGUCUGUCAAAAGAGCCAAUGGGAAA